GUUCAAAUGGACGAAUGCCGUUACAGCAAUGGAGACGCAUAUUUCAAUUGAUAUUUCCCAAAUCAUCAAAUGCUGAAUUUGCUGAUCGUGUUUUUCGGGUUAUAGCUGGUAGUAAAACUCGGCGUUAUAUCACUUUUGAGGAAUUAAUAUUAUGCUUACAUGAAAUAAGUGAAUGUUAUUGUACUUAUGCAUCGACAAGUUCUCAAAAUUCAUCGGCUCAUUUUUCACGAAUUGCGCAAUUUGUUUUCCUGUUAAUGGAACCAGAUGAUCAA